AUGAGACACACCGCCAAACUGGUCGUACAUGUGGUUGAUGCUCAUCAUCUUAUGCCCAGAGAUGGCCAAGGUUCAGCCAGCCCUUUUGUAGAAGUUGAUUUCCUUAACCAGUUGAGCAGAACCAGAACCGUUCCUAAAAGCCUUAACCCUGUUUGGAACCAGAAACUCUACUUCGAUCACGACCCCACAGUAAUAAACCAUCACAUUGAAGUCUCUGUUUACCACGAAAGAAGACCUGUUCCGGGUAGAAGUUUCCUCGGCCGAGUCAAGAUUUCUUGCUCUAACAUUGUUUACGAGGCCGACCAAGUGUACCAACGCUUCCCCUUGGAGAAGAAAUGGCUUAUCUCUUCUAUCAAAGGUGAGAUUGGCCUCAAACUCUACAUUUCAUUUUCUGAACAAAACCAAACCUUUCCUACUCUUUUUCCUUGUAAGCCUAGCACCAGCACAACACAAACAGAAGAAGAUAUUGCUGAUUCCGAAACAGAAGAUUCUCUCGAGAGAUUUUCAUCAACAGAGCAAGACGAUCUUGUUGAUUCUGCCAGCGAGCGCGUGGAAGACAAAAGGAAAAAAGAACAACUUAAAGAAGCAGCAGUUCAAAAACUACAUAGACAAGAAAUUUUUGCUCGGCCUGCACCAAUGCAUUCCAUUCGCCCGCGGUCUCGUGAAAACCCUCAGGACGCCAACAAACCGCAGUCUCGAGGAGCGAACCCGCCAUCAUAUGCUGACACUGACCCAAAUGAGUUUAAGGUGAAAGCCAUGAACCUCGGUCUUGGAGAGAGAUGGCCAAAUCCAAUUGUUGGAGAAAGAUCUACGGGCACUUACGAUCUUGUGGAGCAGAUGUUUUAUCUCUAUGUUCGGGUUGUUCGAGCAAAACAACUUUCAACUGGUUUGAUCACUGGUGGAUGUGAUCCUUACGUGGAGGUGAAGCUUGGGAACUACAAGGGAAGAACGAAGAAGUUUGAGAGGAAGACGAUCCUUCCUGAAUGGAACCAAGUUUUCGCAUUCCCAAAAGAACGGAUCCAAUCAUCCGUACUUGAAGUCUUUGUGAAGGACAAGGAAACUCUAGGGAGAGAUGAUUUUCUUGGAAAGGUUGUGUUUGAUCUGAACGAGAUCCCAACAAGGGUUCCACCAAACAGCCCUUUAGCUCCGCAGUGGUACCGAUUAGAGGAUUGGAGAGGAGAAGGCAAAGUAGUACGAGGAGAGAUAAUGCUUGCUGUAUGGAUGGGAUCUCAAGCCGAUGAAGCUUUUCCAGAAGCAUGGCACGCCGACUCUGCUUCUGUUCACGGAGAAAGCCUGUUCAACGUCAGAUCCAAGGUGUAUGUCUCCCCUAAGCUAUGGUACUUGAGAGUCAACAUUAUCGAAGCUCAGGACAUGAUCCCGAGUGACCGAAACCGCCUUCCUGAUGUUUUCGUCAAAGCCAAUCUGGGAAUGCAAACCCUCAAGACCAGCAUAUGCCCCAUGAAGACCGCAAAUCCGCUUUGGAAUGAAGAUCUUCUCUUUGUGGUCGUUGAACCAUUUGAAGAGCAGCUAGUAAUCUCAGUCGAAGACCGAGUCCACACGUCGAAAGAUGAAGUAAUCGGCAAGAUCAGCUUGCCGAUGAACAUCUUCGAGAAGCGGUUGGACCACCGUCCAGUUCCUUCUCGCUGGUUCAAUCUUGAUAAGUACGGUCACGUUGAGCCAGACUCAAGAAGGAAUGAGCAUAAGUUUUCGAGCAGGAUUCACCUGCGAAUCUGUCUUGAAGGAGGCUACCAUGUGAUGGAUGAGUCAACAAUGUACAUAAGCGACACAAGACCGACGGCUAGACAGCUGUGGAAGCAGCCGGUGGGAAUGUUAGAGAUCGGGAUUCUCGGAGCAAAAGGGUUGGCCCCGAUGAAGCUGAAAGACGGCAGAGGAAGCACAGACGCCUAUUGUGUCGCUAAGUACGGGCAAAAAUGGGUGAGAACCAGAACCAUUCUCGACUCACUCAGUCCGAGAUGGAACGAGCAAUAUACAUGGGAAGUCUAUGAUCCUUGUACUGUCAUCACUCUCGGAGUUUUAGACAAUGGUCAUCUCGGUUCCGGAACUGGCGUUUCUGGAGAUGCAAGAAUCGGAAAGGUUCGAAUCAGGCUGUCAACGCUAGAGGCUCAUAAGAUUUACACACAUUCAUUUCCGCUUCUCGUUCUUCAACCGCACGGUCUCAAGAAAACCGGUGAUCUUCAAAUAUCUAUCCGUUUGACAACCCUCUCUUUUGCCAAUAUGAUCUACAACUACGGCCACUCUCUGCUCCCCAAAAUGCACUACAUUUCCCCUUUUACGGUCAGCCAAGUAGAAAGCUUAAGGUACCAAGCCAUGAACAUUGUUGCAACCCGCCUUGGUCGAGCUGAGCCGCCACUUAGGAAAGAGGUCGUCGAGUACAUGUUAGAUGUAGACUCUCACCUAUGGAGCAUGAGAAGAAGCAAAGCUAAUUUCUUUAGGAUAAUGUCGCUUCUCUCGGGUUAUUUCUCUGUCGCGAAAUGGCUUGAAGAUGUCUGCAACUGGCGAUAUCCACUUACUUCGGUUCUGGUCCAUGUCUUGUUCUUCAUUUUGGUCAUGUACCCUGAACUGAUUUUGCCUACCAUGUUUCUCUACAUGUUUUUCAUCGGACUGUGGAACUUCAGGUUCAGACCGCGACACCCUCCUCACAUGGAUAUGAAGCUUUCAUGGGCCGAGGCAGUUGGUCCCGAUGAGCUCGAUGAAGAGUUUGACACAUUCCCAACAUCUCGGUCGCAAGACUUGGUGCGGCUGAGGUAUGACCGACUCAGAGGUGUGGCAGGUAGGAUCCAGACUGUAGUUGGAGACAUUGCAUCUCAGGGAGAGAGAAUUCAGUCACUUAUGAGCUGGAGAGAUCCCAGGGCUACAAGCCUCUUCAUAUUGUCCUGCUUGGCUGCAUCGGUAGUCUUUUACGCAGUGCCUUUCAAAGUAUUAACACUAGUUUGUGGGCUAUACUAUCUAAGGCACCCUAAGUUUAGAAGCAAGUUACCUUCUGCGCCAAGUAACUUCUUUAAGAGAUUGCCUUCUCGCACAGAUAAUCUUCUUUGA